CGCGCCGCUCCGGAGCCCGCUGCGGUCACGCUGCGCCCGGCGCCGCGGGGUGGGCGGCGAGGCAUUCGCGAAGCGGGUGCUGAGGGCGUCCGCGCGGGCCACCCGCGUCCAGCGCGCUCCGCCGGUAAACUUCUGCGGGCGCCGGGCUGGAGCUCCACGCAGGAACGGGAGGGAAAGUAGGGUUCCUUAUCAUGCCAAAUUUAAAAAUCUUUCAUGAGAGGCCACAUGAUUGGACCCAGCACAUGGACAUGAGUGCCAAAGUUCUGCUCUGCCAGUGACCACUGUGUGGCCUGGGAUAAAUUACCUGACCUCUCUAAGCCUCAAAUUCAUGUGAAAUAGCAAAAUAUUUGUGGACUGGAUCCAAAUCAGGAGCCCAGAUGAACUUAAAGAAGCGAGCCUGGGAUUCUUAGUUUUUCAAGAUCCAUACACACGAAGCCUUUAAUCAGCACCAACUCCAGUGUCCAAGUUUUCUCUGGUUUUGUGAAGACUGAGCAAAACUCUCAUGAUGGAAAGAAAACCAAAGGACUUAGUUACCUGUUUCAGUGUCAUCUAAAGUCAACUGAAAAGUGAAGCAGGCAGUAAUAUAGCCAUGGAAAGAAAUUCAACUUUAUGGAAGAACCUAAUAGAUGAACACCCAGUCUGCACAACCUGGAAACAAGAGGCCGAAGGAGCCAUUUAUCAUCUUGCCAGUAUUUUGUUUGUAGUAGGUUUCAUGGGUGGCAGUGGAUUCUUCGGGCUCCUUUAUGUCUUCAGUUUGCUGGGGUUGGGUUUUCUCUGUUCUGCUGUCUGGGCUUGGGUAGAUGUCUGUGCAGCUGACAUAUUUUCCUGGAAUUUUGUACUGUUUGUCAUCUGCUUCAUGCAAUUUGUUCAUAUUGCAUAUCAAGUUCGCAGCAUAACCUUUGCCCGAGAAUUCCAAGUGCUGUACAGCUCCCUUUUCCAGCCCCUGGGGAUUUCUUUGCCUGUCUUCAGAACGAUUGCUUUGAGCUCUGAAGUGGUUACUUUGGAAAAGGAACACUGUUAUGCCAUGCAGGGGAAAACUUCCAUUGAUAAACUCUCCUUGCUUGUUUCAGGAAGGAUCAGAGUGACAGUUGAUGGCGAAUUUCUGCAUUACAUUUUCCCCCUUCAGUUCCUGGAUUCUCCUGAGUGGGAUUCACUGAGACCCACAGAGGAAGGCAUUUUUCAGGUAACCCUCACUGCAGAAACUGAUUGUCGAUAUGUGUCUUGGAGGAGAAAGAAAUUGUAUCUGCUCUUUGCUCAGCAUCGUUAUAUCUCCCGCUUGUUUUCAGUGCUAAUUGGCAGUGACAUUGCAGAUAAACUCUAUGCCCUGAAUGACAGGGUAUAUAUAGGAAAAAGAUAUCACUAUGAUAUUCGGCUACCCAACUUCUAUCAAAUGUCAAGUCCAGAAAUACGCAGAUCACCCCUGACACAACAUUUUCGGAAUUCCAGACGAUACUGUGAUAAAUGACAUCAAAGUCUGAAAUUUAUAAGUAUAAAAAGAGACUCUCUCUUCAUCAUUCCCCAAAUGAAAUAGGAAAAUACAAAAAAAAGAGCUCCCUAAUAUUUUUAUAAAUCAAAUUCAGAAGUCAGAUACCAUUGCUAACUGUUUUAUUCCUUUCAGCAACUGCAUUGUAAAUAAAUUUUACAAAUUUUUCUUGUA